GCUCUGACCUGUCGCUGUCAAACCGCGAGGCAAAUCCUAUUAAGUGUUUAAAGGCAAGAAGCUAAGAAUAGCGCCAAUUACAGUAAAAAGUUUCAGAUCUUCAGCCUGGUGGUGGUGGUGGUGGUGGUUAAUAGAAGAAAAUGAAAGGGCACCAUGUUUAGUUAAUGUCAUUGAUGAAUUACCUGCCAGAGAGGAGCAGCCUUUACUCAAAGGACGUCAAAACAGCAAUGCGAUGAUCACAAGGAUUAUUUUGGAUCCGUGGUGGGAGCACUGACGAUAAUACACAGGAUCAGACUGCAGACAUUGGUUACAUAUGUUACCAGGUGCGUGCUUGGAAUGUGUGCAGGAUGAGCAGCACAUUUGUUACAUUAGCUGAAGUACUGGAGGCACGAGGAGGACCUCUGCUGGAGGAGGAGGUCUGGUCUCUGCUGCUGGGCACUGCAGAGUCUUUAGUGGACAUCUCCUAUAAGGGCCCCAACAAUAUGUGCAAUAUCAUAAGCCCCACCUCUUUGCUGCUGUCAGCCACUGGUACCUUAGCAUUUAAGAACUGUGGCCUAUCAGAUGAAGUAUCCACCUUCACCGCUCCAGAGAUGCUGCAGGGCCGUGCCAGCUCAACCAAACCUGCCAUAGAGAGGAUGCUGGUGUAUUCACUGGGUAUGACUCUCUACUGGUCAGUUGAUUUUCACCUACCUCAAAAUCAGCCAGUCCAGUUGAGUGACCAUCUAAACAGCCUUCUCCUCAGCAUGUGUGAGGACCUGGCCCACCGCAGGGUAAAUCUCAACUCCAUCCUGGAAGCCUGCGAAUCUCAGCAUAAGGCCUCCAUCCUGCUGUCCCCCGCCAAAGUCAUCAGACAGCUUGUGGAGGAGGUCUUUCAUGAUUCGAUGGACCAUGGCUCUCUGCCAGACAGCAAUGUCCCCCUGAGUGGCAGGAGCCAGAUGAUCAGGGAGAGGCUUCAUGGAAAGAGAGGGCCAUUUUCAGACUUCAAUGAAGGGUGUGCGGAAGGGAGAAGAUACUCAACAGACUCUGACUCAAAGUCAGGGAGUUUACCUCAGAGACCUUGGAGACAAAGACAGAGAAGCUCUCCUACACCUUUGUACCACUCGUCUUUAGACAGACUCCAUCGUGGGGUUCGUCACAGGGACAGUAACUGCAGUUGGCUUGGAAGGAGCAUCCACAAUGACAUCUCUCCCAAGACAUCAGGCAGAUCUCACAGUCCUUCGAUCACCUUCAGCGAGUCCUCCAUCAGCCUGAGCCAGAGGAAAUCGAAGGCUUUGGGUCCUGAGUUCAUCAGAAUGCCAGAUGAACAACAAAUUGUUCUCGAGCUUCCAGGCUCUAUCGUCUCCAGAAAGGGACGUUCAUGUUCGUCCCAGAGAGAAGUGACUGUCGUGCUGCCGAAUGGACAAUAUGUGAUGGUUCGCUGUGACACUAAAUCCAAAGCAAGAGAUGUGUUUGAUAUGGUGGUGGCUCAUGCAAACUUAGUGGAGCAUUUCUACUUUGGUCUUGCCUUCAUAGAUGAUGAUGAAUACUUCUUUUUGGACCACGAAACAAAAAUCUCCAAAGUUGCUCCUGACACCUGGAAAAAAGGGCAGAUUGAUACUUUUUUGGUCUUUCUGAGAGUCAAAUUUUUUGUCGACGACAUCUCUUUUAUUUUGCACAGACUGACACGUCACCAGUACUACUUACAGUUGCGGAAGGAUAUUUUAGAGGACAAGCUUUACUGUAAUGAGGAGACUGGCUUGUUUCUGGCUGCACUUGCUCUGCAGGCUGAGUUUGGGGAUUACAUGCCAGAGCUGUAUGGUAAGAAUUAUUACCAGCCGGAGCAUUACGUGUCUAAGAGGAUGCUAGAAAAGCUGGCUCUACCCAGUGUUAAAGAAGAGUUGCCAAGACUUCAUGCAAGUCAUGCCCAGAUGCUUCCAGAAGAGGCAGAAACAGAGUAUCUAAAGAUUACCCAGCAGCUCCCAGAAUAUGGGGUUAUGUUCCACCGUGUGGGGAGGGAGAAAAGACCACUGAUUGGCGAGUUAGUUUUGGGUGUCUGUGUCAAAGGAAUCAUUGUGUAUGAGAUGAAGAACCACCUCCGGAUCGUCACCAGGCGAUUCCUCUGGAGGGAAACAGACUCCAUAUCUACAGGGCGUCGUAAGUUGAUAAUCGAGUGUGGUGGGCCCAGUGGGAAAAAACACAGUUUUAUCACAGAGAGCUCAAAAAUAGCUCAGUAUCUCCUGAACCUCUGCUCCGCACAACACAAGUUCCACAGUGAGAUGACUUCACGACAGCUGAACCACAGUUUGAUACCAGAUGAGAACAUGGAUAAGUACAUGUCUGUGUACCGAGCUCGUAACCUGAACCUGAAGAGGAUGUCGUGCUCAGAGGGCAUGUUGAACCAUGUAGGUUUGUCACCUGGUCAACCAGACUCCCUCUCCAAGUCCUGUGAUGACAUUAAUGCCAAGCUGGAGGCACGACUCCGCCAGCAGAGAGAGCUGAGACGAGAAAUGAGCAGAGACCUGAACAAAGAGCUGGCUGAAACAGGAGAUGUCAAAGAGCGACCGUCAUGGAGCACCCCAGAGCCGAAUCCCAGAAGGAUGUCCAAUGUCUCCCUACAGAAGCAGGACUCAGAUGCCUCUUCUUCCAUACGAGUCGACACACCAACUAGGACUCCACCAGAGAGAGAAAUCAUCUGUGUAACACUGAAGAAAGAUCCCAAACUAGGCUUUGGCUUUGUAAUUGUGGGAGAAGACAAUACAGGUAAACUUGACCUCGGGAUCUUCAUUGCUUCCAUUGUGCCUGAUGGACCUGCGGACAAAGAUGGACGAAUAAAACCUGGUGGACGUCUCAUCUCCUUAAACAAGACUAGUUUGGAAGGUGUGACAUUUAGCGACGCUGCGGCCAUCCUACAGAGCAGCCCUGAAGAGGUGGAGCUUAUUGUAUCUCAGCCUAAACAGUAUCUGAAGGACAGGACGAGUUCACUGAGUCAAAGCAGCCUCGGUUUGGCGUUGGAGAGGAGCUUUGGAUCACAGACCACCCUGAGCGGCACCGAGUUCCGUCCUGCUGCAGAGGAACUGGAGGAGGCCAUCACUCUGUCCAGCAUAGCAACACCAAAGCAGACCAGGAGGCUUCACAUUCCUGUUGUUCGAAUCCACGAUGCCCAGGAUGGCUGUUCCCGCUCCCCUUCAAUAUUAAGUCUAAAAAGUGGGGAGAGGUUAACAGUGGAGUUGAAGAAAAGCAGUGGUAGCCUCGGCAUCAGUGUUGCUGGAGGGACAAACACCAGUGUGCGUUUUGGAGGCAUCUACAUAAAAAGUCUGGUUCCUGGAGGAGCUGCAGAGCAGGACGGCCGCAUUCAGAUUGGUGACAGACUGCUGGAGGUUGACGGCUCUAACCUGAGGGGCGUGACUCACCAACAAGCUGUCGAGUGCCUGAAGAGAACCGGGGAGGUGGUGAACCUGCUAUUGGAGAGGGAGCCUACAGUAGUCUUGGAGCCGAGACCUGACUCACCCUGCCCCCCUUCGGCCCACAGUUCGUCACACACACAGCCCCCCAGGACCGAAGUCUCCAUGGAAACGACCUUGAGUGGUCGAGCCAAGGACUACAGCUUUGUGACUGAUGAAAACACACAUGAAGUGGUUCUAAAGAAGAGUUUGUCGGGGCUUGGCUUCAGCUUUUACAUCUCACAUCUGCACUCGGGUCCAGAUCGUGGCAGCGUGGUCCGCAUCAAGCGUCUGUUCCCGGGGCAGCCGGCGCUUGAGAGUGGACAGCUGAGGGAGGGAGAUGUCAUCCUGUCUGUCAACAAAGAACCCGUCAAGGACCUCUCUUAUCAGAGGGUUUUGUUCCUGCUACGUGGGGCUCCAUCUGAAGUCCAUCUGUUGAUCUGUCGACCAGGUCCUGGUGUUUUGUAUGAUGUUGAUGACAAUACACUGAGUCCUGCACCCAUCCGAGAGGUUAGAUCCCGGUCUCUGGAUAUCCGACUAGGGGAGGACUACAGCCAGCUCCUUAAAUUUAACUAUGAUAUCAACAUACCUGCCCAGAAACAGCCCCCCACCCAAGAGGAAGACCUGACCAACACAACAGAGAAGAGCCCAGAACCUCCUCCAGCUCCAGGACCUCCACCGAGCCAGGAGAGUCCGCCUGGCGAAGCAGAGGACAACAAGUCUCCCCCAUCUCCUCCUCGAUCACCCCCAUCACCCACCUCACCCACCUCACCUCCGACGCCCAUCUCCCCAGCCUCACCUGCUUCACCUGCUUCACCAACUUCACCUCCUUCUGGAUCUCCACAACCUCGGACAGAGUCAAUACCUUGUCCUGAGAAAACAGAGAAGCAGCAAGAAAAAGAGGCAGAAGAGGAGGAGAAGGACGGGGAAAAGGAGGCAGUGACGACAUCAAGUACGACUGUGAUGCUUAUGGAUGUUUGUCCAAAGAGUUCCUCAAGUUCUGUAUAUGCCAGCGGAGUUAGAGAAGAGGCAGAUGGAAGUGUGACCUACUGCCUCGUGGGAAAUGGCCUGACCAUAAUGGCAGAUGAAGAGUAUCUGACCAUCAGCUCCACCCUGGAGCCUCAUCACAGACCCUCCUUAAGUUUGGCCAGUCAUACCUCAACAACAAACUCUGCAGCUUUCACCUCACAAACCUCUGACACGUUGUCCGGUUAUAACUCACAGAAUCAGAACUUCGUCCCUCACAUCCCAGGGGUUACUGUCUCGCCCCUCAGCCUCUCUACUGACACCCCGACCACAUGCUCCCUUGCACACCCGUCUCAGCCCCUCACAACACAACCCCCCAAAGCUAAACGCCACCCCAUCCAGCAGGGGUUGCUUCCAAGUCAUUACAAAGCUAUGUCCAAGAACAGCCGGCCUGUGCUGCCUCCGCCCCAGCCUCCUGCUCCACCUGCGACACCCAUUACAGCCCAGAUAAUCUCCUCUGUGUCACCAUGUGCCAGUUCUUCUGCUCCUACACUGACAACCACAGGGCUACCCCCUCCCAUCCCGAGCCACCCACCAGUGAGGGAAGAACCAGAGAAAAAAGAAAAGGAAUACAAAGAUGAUGACGACGAUGAUGAAUUUGACGAGGAGGAAGAAGAGAGUCGAAGAAAAGGAUUAGUUAAAGAGUUUGAGCUCACCGUGGUCCUUACUAAGUCUCGAAGUGGAAGCUUUGGAUUCACUAUCACCCGAAGCAAGUUGGAUAAUUGCUACUAUAUACAGGAUAUACUGGACAACCCAGCCAGGGCUGAUGGACGGCUGAGGGCAGGAGACAGACUCAUCACGGUAAAUGGGCACGAUGUUACCAGUGUUGCGGAUGAUGUUGCCAUGACAAUCCUCAGAUCAUCUCCAAGACGAUUGAGCAUGACUCUGGGGAGGGCAGUUACCAAUCUGGUGGCACCGCCUCCCUGCGACAGCCUGCCAGACAUUGUUCUGUACAAGACCCCAUCAGGACAACUUGGUAUAAAGCUGACAGGAGGCAUUGGCAGCAAAUGGCAGGGCAUAUACUGUCUGGAGGUGGUGCCAGGCUCCCCAGCAAGCGAGGAGGGCAGUGUCCAACCCAAUGAUAAGAUCCUCUACAUCAGUGGCAGGUGCACCCUGGGAAUGACUUUGGAGGACGCAGUUAAGGCCUGUGAGAUUGCCCCACGCAAAGUGAAACUUAAAAUCAUCAGAGAGGACCAGCCAGUGACUCCCAAGGCUAAAUGGAAUGAUGCAGUGAUGAAUCACCUAGAAACCAGAUAUGUUGAAUAUUUAAGCUCAAUCAUUACUUCAAAAGGUCUGUUUGAUUGGAAAAAGGACAGGAAGUUCUUUGCUCGUUUUGAAGACCCUGUCUCUCCAGAAAAAGAGUCUCCCCCUGAAGAUGCUGAACCUGUGUGUAGGACAGCUGAUCGAUUCAGAUGUCUCUCUCUCACACAAGAACAAGAUAGUUGCAUCAUGCAAGUGGAGUUUACUAAACCAGAGGGUGGAGGUCUUGGCUUUGCUCUGGUCGGGGGGACCAAUGGCAGCAUGCUCAGAGUAAAAGAAAUCUGCUCUGGUGGAGUAGCUGAACAGGACGGUCGUCUGAGAGUGGGAGAUAUUCUAUUAGAGGUGAACGGUGUAAUUGUAUCUGGGCUGAGCCAUAGUAAAGUGGUGGAUAUCCUGCGUAAAGCUGAAGGCAGUGUACAGCUCACCAUCUGCAGAGACAUACUGCCCCUGACCUACUCUGAAUCACCCACGCCUCCCAACAUGUCUGCUCAAACUGAAGCUAUUUUAGCCGAGCAGCCAGCUCCUGUGUCCAGCCCUGAUACCUGUACCAUAGCUGACGUCAUAGUUAAUAAACCCGUGGAGCGCCCUCCUGAAGCAGCUCCAGACCCUGUGGUAAAUGAAUCAGGUGUGUUGAUUACUUCACCCCCUCCUGUAAAACACAGACUGACUGUUGUAACAGAUGACACAUUAAUUCAACAGGAGAGCUGUAACAGCACCCCUUCUCACCAAGCUUGCUGCCCCUCCCUCAAUGUCACUGACAUGUUGCAUGGAGCAUCUGACAGGAAACAAAUUGUGACCAAACUUUUGGACCAGUCUUGCAAAGACCCCCGGAAAACCCAGUCAGAUGGUUGGAGCAGCGAAGAAGAAGAUGAUGUAUUUCACCACACUGACCAGGAAAUGACACCACCACAAACAGGCUCACCAAUCGUUUCAGAGGAGGAACUGGCCAGUUUAGCAGUUAUUACUCCUGCUAAGAGCAGCGAGUAUUCAGGCUCCAGGGUCAAGGCCCUCAUCCAGAUUCUGCAACAUCAACUGGACCAACAGGAACUGGUUAAGGAGUUCAUGGCUCUGGAGCAUCUGAAGCCCUCUGACAACUGUCUGGUGGGAAAAGCUCCUGAGAACAGAGACAAGAACCGCUACAGAGACAUCCUACCUUACGACCAAACCCGUGUUCCCAUCGGAGAGAACCAGGACUACAUCAAUGCAAGCUACAUUCGCAUGCAGGUUGGAGCUGAAGAGUUCUUCUAUAUCUCCUGCCAGGGUCCUCUGCCUUCCACAGUGCUUGCUUUCUGGCAGAUGAUCUGGGAAAACAAAUCUGAUGUCAUAGCCAUGAUGACCCUGGAGGUAGAACGAGGAAGGAUCAAAUGUCACAAGUACUGGCCAGAGAGGCUGGGUGUGCCUCUGGAUGCUGGGAAAUACCAGCUUCACCUGGAGAACCAGCAAUAUAUGGAGUACUUCCAUAUAAAGGUCAUCCGCAUGGUUGAAACAGAGACUGGUGAGACUCACUUUGUUCGUCACCUGAAGUUCACGCACUGGCCUGACCAUGGCGUCCCACACUGCUCUGAGCAGCUGGUUCGGUUCAUUCGCUACCUGAGGGCACUGCACCAUAAGGGCCCGGUCACCGUGCACUGCAGCGCUGGCAUCGGACGCACUGGAGUUCUCAUCUGCACAGACGUAAUCCUCAGCCUCAUUGAAAAUGAUUUACCUAUUAAUGUCAGCGACAUUGUGAAGGAAAUGAGACUUCAGCGGCAUGGGAUGAUUCAAACAAAGGAACAGUACCUCUUCUGCUACAAAGUCUGGUUGGAGGUUUUACAGGGCAUUUUACAGCUUCAUGGCAACCAAUGGCAACUGGAUAGUCCCAGAGACCACAAAGUAGUUUGAACGUUUCCACCUUCAGUUCACCUGCCUGUAAAGCACAGACUAUGUUUGUGUGAAUACAUGCAGUCUAAACCUUUUUCUGUGGCUGUAGUUAAUUUACUUUCUUUACUUAUCUUUAGUUAACCUGUAAUUCUUUUGUUUUGAUACUCUGUGUCAAGGCCUGUUGUUUAGUUUUAUCCUUGUACAUGCACUCAGUGCUAUGAUUAUCUCAAAUUAACUUAGGUCACUGAGGUGUGUGUGUUGGGUUUUUUUUUUUGUUUUGUUGUUGUUGGGUUUUGUUUUGUUUUUUUGGCCUUUUCAGGCUUAGAGAUUUGCCUUCUGUGUCUAGCAUCUUUUCAAAACUUUAUAUUAUUACUAUUUGAAUGUAUGACCAUGCCCUUUCAUUUGCUAAAUGCAUUUAUUUUUGAACAGACAUUGCAUGGUAGGUAAAUCUGCUAAGAUCCACAUUUUUUCUGCCAGUAUCAUCACCAAGGUUAUCAAAGUGCACAAGUCAUCCUACCAAAGUUAGUGUUUGAAAACUUGAUGAGUAGCAUCUGAUAAAGCAUUGUGUUCUCAUUUCAUUAAGUGCAUUUUUACCCUGGAGAAAAGGGCAUUAGCUAAAGAACGGGUUUGAUUUCUUUGUUCAUUACAUAAGGAAAUGAAAAGAAUCAAGUGCCUUGGAAUGACUCUGACGCUGCUUGCUCCAUAUUGACCCGAAGCCACUUAUCAUAAGUGUUUGGGAAUAGAGAGCAAGAAACCUAGAGAGCACCAAAUGGUGGGUGGAUUGAAUGUUCAGCUUUCAGUCUGUUUAUGGUCUGAAGUGGACGUUUGGUUGAUUUGAACUACAGGAGGAUUACAUCUCACCUUUUAGUUCAUUACAUUAAAUUGUAACAUAGCACACUGUAACAAUCUGAAGCCUGUAAAGUUUUUUGUUGUUUGUUUGUGGGCCCAUUUUAUACAAGACAUUAUCACAAUGAAAGUCUUAUUACACAUAACCUCAACUUGCACAUCUUAAUACAGAUAAAGAAUGAUGAGCAUAAUAAAUACAAAAUAAACACAUUCAAAUUCCAUUUACUCUUUUACUAAAAUUUGGAUGAGGCACCAACACCAAAUAUUUUGACUUUUUAGUAAAAUGAACAAUCAUCAUUAAAAUGUCAUUUGAAUAAUUAGUUGCUGAAUUUUUAACUGUAAUUUGUUAUGUAAAAACAUCCUUUAUCUGUAUUCCAUAGCUAUUUUAAUACAAACUCAGCCAAAAAUGCAAAAAAUAUUAUAAUGGUUUACAAACUUUCCAUUUUUGCCACUUUAGAUGUAUAUGAUGUACAAAGCAACAGAACUGCAUCUCCGAGUCACAGAUCAAAGAUUUAUAGCUGCUGGUUUGAACCUCAACCUUUGGAUGUAACUGCUUGUAAGCUUUGUUCUUUUAGCUGCUAUCACACACACCAGCUCUCGUAUUGCAUGCAGACUCUUUAAAUCCAGAAGUCUGAGCCUGGAAUUUGUCUGAAUGAGUUGAACUUGAUCAAACAGUGGAAUGUAACAAAGCAAUAUUCUCCACAAGGAGGGAGAUUCAGAAUGUCAGAGUCUUAACAAAUAACAUUCUCUAAAUUGUAGAGCAUGUUUGCGAGACAUAUGCAGUACUGUACCUUUUGCCAUGUGGAUGGUGACGCAGAGCCAUCACCUUCUGUACUGUGUAUGCAACAUUUUGUCACAUAAUGCUGGUUGGUUGGUUUCCAGCAAUGUCAUGCACAAAAGAUCCUGUUGAACUGAUAUGUUUUCUCCCUCAGAUGUUGGAAAAGUAUUAUUCUUGAAAGUACAACCUGAAGCACAUUUUGCAUUCAUCUGUGAAAAUGCAUCUUGUACAGUCAAGAAAGUGCUUAUGCAAUAGCAUUGUGAAAUCUAAUAAUCCUUAAUUGCACAACUGCUUAUUUAUGCUGAAUUAAUAUCUUGUCACUGUACCAGCCACUAUGUAACCAAUUACUGAGAACAAUGUAAUACCUCUCUCUUUAAUUAAAAACUCUUCUGAAACUUG